UCGGCGAGGAGUCGAACAAAGGAAUGACCUAGGCAAAGAUCUAGGUGCGAAUAGCUUAAUCGCAACGCUGGUGCGAAUAGCAUUGAUCCUUCUUUGCGAAAAUUACUUUGGCAGGGAAGAAAUGGCAACAUAAGUUAUUGACUAGUUUUGCGUUUCUGUUUAUUUUAUAAAGAAAGUGAAUGAGUGAUGCAGUGCUAAGAGUGAGUGUGAUUCUGUUUGUAAGUGAAUUUUUAUUUUACUGAAAGUAAAUUAAUUGCGACAGGUACACGCAGUAUGUACUCGCUGAAUUAUCUUAGGUUGAUAAUUUCUUGAAUUAAUAUUGCUUAAAACUUUAACAGAAGAUAAGACGACUGAACUGUUUUUUUUUUUUUUUGUUUUUUUUUUUUUUUUGUUUUUUUUGGAAGAUAAUACGGUUCUAUGUAUUUUGGUUCCGGUUUUAGGUUCAUUUCAGCUGAAAUACUACGUGUAUUUAGUUAGUUAAAGUCUUAAUCUAAAUUUAUGUGAAAAUAUGCACGAAUGAUUUAAACAGUAACUUGAAGGCAUUUUAUACUGAAUAUUUAUAUUGGCACAGCAAACAUUAUUCAUUAGUACUUUUCUUUAAGAUAUUUCAUCAUCUGCACACAGAUGUCUUGUUUGUAGCAGCGUUCAGUAAGUGUUUUUUAACUUAAAAUGAGUUAAUAUUUUUUAAACUAAGAUGCUGUGUGCUUACAUGUGCGUUGCUUGCCACGGUGAACGGAAACAUCCCCAUUGUCACCACAUAUACUGCAAUAAUAUGAUAAAAUAGGAAAAUAUAUUCUGUGUGCAAAGCAGAACAUCUUCACAUCUGUUUAAAAAAAAAAAAAAAAAGAAAUUGGUUAAUAUGUGAAUGCAUAAGAAUCCGUAUGUUUCUGCCACCAGAUCUUCUGAGACUAAUUGGAUUAUUGUAAGCUUAUUAUGGUGAAACUAGACCUUAAGUCAGAAUUUGAAAUUGAACAUAUUCCUUCAGAUGGGUAAAAAGAAACUUUUGUGCUAUUCAGUUUUAGUAAUAUGUUUAAUAAUAUGCUUAAAAAUUUUAUUAAAUUUACAUGUAGAUCUCUCUGAUGAUCAAUUUACAAAUGUUGGUCAUUGCCCAGCUUGCUAUGGAAGUAAUUUAUGCCCAGAGUUUUAUCACGGUGAUAUUUUCUUAAUUGGAAUCAGUAAAGGAAUACUUUACAGAUUUGUAAAUGUAAAAAAUGUGUACUUAGGAAAAUUUCGGAGAGACAAGGUGAUUCUGAAAAAGCUUGCUCAUGACAGAGAGUUCUAUGACAUGGACAAUCGGCUCUGUGAGCUAUCGAAACUAGAAAAAUCCUGUCAAGUAAGCAGUGCUGUUAAAUCAUUGGUGGAAAAGUCAACUGUUGCAGGUCAGAUCCAACUCUUAAAUAUUUUAAACUCAUUUGAAAGCUUAACUGAUGCAACUCGUUGCCCAUCAGAAAGACUUUUGAAGUACAUGUUUGGUAAAUUGAGAUCAGAGCCAAGUGAGAGCCUUCAGUCAGAGUAUGUGCAAAAUUUUAAAGUUGGAGAAAUGAUGUACAGCCUACUUAUAAAUCCUGAAGCUGUUAUAUUACAG